GUUGGCUAUACAAAUGGCUCAAUUUCGACCCUUUAUUUUUAACCUUUCGUAAAUUUGACCCCAUAGUUUAUUUUUUCGCCUGUGGAUAAAGUGCGCAAAACCUUCAGGUCCCUCCGACCUCCGGCAAUGUCGUUGAAACUCAACAUCCCUUUCCCAAUUUUCGCGCCAUCUCUGUUCCCAAACCCGAACCCAAGAGGACCCAGCGAGCUCCGAUUCUCCAGAUGGGGCAACGCUAACGCUGAGCGGUUCGAGCAUUGCCGCCGUACCCAAGAGGAGCUCGAAGCAGAAAUCCGCCGCGACCGCCGUUUCGACGCCGCCACUUCAAUCGUCCACACACAAGACUCCUCCGCCGCAUCAUCCGAGCCCAAAACCUCUCCUUUCAGGUCCAGAGGCACUCCUUCGCAACCGUCCGCUCGAUCGAUCCCGGGCCGGAGAUCCAAAUACUCCAAGCCCGAUUACGGGCCCAACAGGCCCAAGAACAAACCCAAAGUCCCCGACUCUCCGCCCCAGGUGGACGCGAAGCCGGAGGUUAAGCUGAGCGAAGACGGGUUGACUUACGUCAUCGACGGAGCUCCGUUCGAGUUCAAGUACAGCUACACGGAGACGCCAAAGGUGAAGCCUUUGAAGCUUCGCGAGGCUCCCUACGCGCCUUUUGGCCCCACGACGAUGGGGAGGCCGUGGACUGGUCGUGCUCCGCUUCCUCAGUCGCAGAAGACGCCGAGGGAGUUUGAUUCUUUUAGCUUGCCGCCGGUGGGGAAGAAGGGAGUGAAGCCGGUUCAGAAACCGGGUCCUUUUCGGCCCGGGGUGGGGCCUAGGUAUGUUUAUACAAAGGAGGAGAUUUUGGGAGAGCCGUUGACAAAGGAAGAGAUCAGAGAGCUUGUUACUUCUUGCUUGAAGACUACAAGGCAAUUGAAUAUGGGCAGAGAUGGCUUGACGCAUAACAUGUUGAACAACAUACAUGAUCUAUGGAAGCGGCGAAGGGUUUGUAAGAUUAAAUGCAAGGGAGUUUGUACAGUCGACAUGGAUAACGUUUGCGAGCAGCUAGAGGAGAAAAUUGGUGGGAAGGUGAUAUACAGAAGAGGAGGUGUGAUUUUUCUUUUCCGUGGCAGAAACUAUAACCACAGGACAAGACAACGGUUCCCUCUUAUGUUGUGGAAGCCUGUAGCACCUGUUUAUCCAAGGCUGAUUCAACAAGUUCCUGAGGGUUUAACUCUUAAGGAAGCUACGGCGAUGCGGAGGAAAGGCCGAGAGCUCAUGCCCAUUUGCAAGCUAGGAAAGAAUGGUGUGUAUUGUGACCUUGUGAAAAAUGUGAGAGAAGCAUUUGAAGUUUGUGAAUUGGUUCGGAUCGAUUGUCAAGGGAUCAAAGGCAGUGAUUUUAGGAAAAUUGGUGCCAAGCUCAAGGAUCUUGUUCCAUGCGUGCUCAUAUCUUUUGAAAACGAGCAGAUUCUUAUCUGGAGGGGACGAGAAUGGAAAUCAUCUCUCACAGUUCCAGAUAAAAAGGAUGAUAUCCUCAGAGAUAUCGAAGUUGAUACUAUCUCUCCGGAAGAGGAUGAAGCAUCAGAGUCACUAAAUCUGACUCGAACUGUGAACCAGAACUCUUCUUCUAGUCCUAUGGAAUCGCAUAACGAUCCAGAUAGUGAUGAUUUGAGCUCUUCAACUGUAGAUAUCUCGACAAUGGAAGGCACAAGCACUACUCUACAGACCUCGUCUACAGAAGAUGUUACUGCAGAUAACUCUCCUGAAGAGGAGUCAGAAACAACGGAAGAGAUCAACAGACAAAGCGUGGAGAGAGUUUUAAACAUGAUGAAACAAGCUGUAGAGAGUGGGGCUGCGUUGGUGUUAGACGCUGCUGAUCUUGAUCCAGACACAGUCUUUGCAAAAGCCGUGGCCUUUUCGAGUGUAGCUACACCGGGACCAGUUUUCAAGCAUGGGUUGAGGAAACAACCAGCGGUUAAGAAAGAGGAGAUCCGAGAAUUCAGGUACCAGAACUUGGAGGCAAAGACAAGUAGUGAUGUGAUUCCUGGAAGAAAAGAAGUUGCAGUGAGGGUUGAGAGAUAUAAGGGGAAGGAGAAGGAAGGAGUUGAGAAGAAAAUGGAUGAGCUUGAUGAAGAUUACAGAGAAGUCAUACCUCAUGGAACACUGAAAGUAGAUGAACUAGCUAAACUUCUAGCGUAAUGUUAUCUGUACUUUUAUGUCUAAUAAUCAGAAAGGUGUGCAACAUUGAGAGAAAAAUGUAUUUCACAUAUUUGUUAGUGAAAAGGUGCAUAAAUUAGUAAAUAUUUGACUUCUGUUCAGGUCAAUAACAAUAUUUUGGAAUUUUAUGGUUGUUUU